AUGUCCAGUACCACUUUCACUAUGAUUUCCUUCGUCGUCACCCUACUGCUGACGGGCACUAGAGCUUCUCCGCUGACGAGACGAUUGGACAAUGGCGUCGGUGUCAAACCGGCUCUAGGCUGGAACAACUACAACGCCGGUCUUUCCGCGAGCGCCGAAUCGGCGUUGGCGGCGGCGAAUGCGUUCGUGCAGCUGGGCCUUCAAGACCUUGGCUACACGUACAUCAACCUGGAUGACGGAUGGUCGACUAUGGCACGGGACGCAGAUGGCAACCUCGUACCCGACCCGAACAAGUUCCCCAACGGCAUGAAAAACGUCUCGGAUCGGAUUCACGCUCUUGGCCUGAAGUUUGGGCUGUACGGCGACUCUGGCACCGCAACGUGCGCCGGGUUUCCAGGAUCCCAAGGCUACGAGGCGCAGGACGCGACGCUGCUGGCGUCGUGGGACGUGGACUACUGGAAGUACGACAAUUGCAACACGCCUUCAGGAGAUUCGCAGCCCCGAUACGAGACGAUGCGCGAUGCUUUGCUCGCCACGGAUCGGGACAUCCUAUACUCCCUGUGUCAGUGGGGGGUCGACUCGGUGUGGGAAUGGGGGGCCAGCGUGGGCAACUCUUGGCGCGUCGGAGGCGACAUCACCAACAACUGGAACUCGGUGGCCAACAUAGCAGCCUCGAACGCCGGCAUCGCGUCGUAUUCCGCACCCGGAGGAUUCAACGAUUACGACAUGCUUGAGGUGGGCAACAGUGGGCUGACGGAAGCCGAAGAGCGAGCGCAUUUUGGUCUCUGGGCCAUCUGCAAAUCCCCACUCCUGCUGGGGACGGAUUUGACCAAGAUAUCCGAUUCCAGCCUGGCGAUUAUCAAAAACGCAGACGUGAUUGCCGUCAAUCAGGACCCUCUGGGACGUGCCGCAUCGACGUUCACGCCAUCGGGACAAGCGGCGCCCACGAGCGGCCAGCUGUACCCAUACUGGUCCGGGCCUCUCAGCGAUGGAUUCGUGAUCGGGCUCGUCGCCGCAGACGGUGUGGGUACGCUCAGCGCCAGUUUUGCGGAUGUGCCGGACCUUGGGGCGGGGACAUACAGCUGGACCGAGCUGUACAGCGGCAAGACUGGAAGUGGUGAUGGUGUGAGCUGGACGUUCGAGGCGGAGCACGACAUGGCCAUCUUCAAAGUGACAGGGAAGGUUCCAUCGCAGAGCUCGAGCGCGGUCUCGACUUCGGCAACGCCCAGCUGA